AUGGAGGAUGAGGACGUUCAAAGGGAAGAUUUCGAAGAGAAUGGAAAUGACGAAGAUGACGAGGAAGAGUCCGCGGGUAUUAGCACAGCCAGUGAACUUGAUACCUCUGAUACGUCUUCGCUCACUUCCGCCGAAUCUGUUAAUUCACUUCAGCAAAGUACGACGACAGCGGCUACACUCCGUGAAAACACGAACAUUAAAUUUGCACCGUCCAAGACAAGCGGUGGUUCACCAGAAUCCUCGGCAUUCAAGUCCCCCGACACUUUGAACAACACGCCUAUCACGGAGGAUCAGACUGAUAACUUAAAAAGGCACUUCCAGAAUUUCAAGUUCAACGAGAAUGAUAACUACAAGUAUAAGCUAAAAGCUAUGAUUCGACACCAAGGAUCUCAUACUCAAGGUCACUAUGAAUGUUAUAAGCAUAAGCCACUUUUGUCAAGGACAGAGAGGGUAACAUCAUCAAGCUUUCGCCUGAGAUCAAGUACUCUCCAAUGGAAAGUGCCGAUGUUCAAUCUUCUCUAA